AUGAAGUUGAACAUUGCUUACCCAGUUAACGGUUCUCAAAAGACUGUCGAAAUUGAUGACGAACACCGUAUCCGUGUCUUCUACGACAAGAGAAUUGGUCAAGAAGUCGAUGGUGAAUCUGUCGGUGACGAAUUCAAGGGUUACGUCUUCAAGAUCAGCGGUGGUAACGACAAACAAGGUUUCCCAAUGAAGCAAGGUGUUUUGUUGCCAACCAGAGUUAAGUUGUUGCUAGCAAAGGGUCACUCUUGUUACAGACCAAGAAGAAACGGUGAAAGAAAGAGAAAGUCCGUCAGGGGUGCCAUUGUUGGUCCAGAUUUGGCUGUCUUGUCCUUGGUCAUCAUUAAGAAGGGUGAACAAGAACUAGAAGGUGUCACUGACACUACUGUUCCAAAGAGAUUGGGUCCAAAGAGAGCUAACCACAUCAGAAAAUUCUUUGGUUUGUCCAAGGAAGAUGAUGUCCGUGACUACGUCGUUAGAAGAGAAGUUGUCAAGGGUGAAAAGACUUACACCAAGGCUCCAAAGAUCCAAAGAUUGGUUACUCCUCAAAGAUUGCAAAGAAAGAGACACCAAAGAGCUUUGAAGGUCAAGAACGCUCAAGCUCAAAGAGAAGCUGCUGCUGAGUACGCUCAAUUGUUGGCCAAGAGAUUGUCCGAAAAGAAAGCUGAAAAGGCUGAAAUCAGAAAGAGAAGAGCCUCUUCUUUGAAGGCUUAA